AUGGAUGCGCAGAAUGCUGCCGGGUCUGACAAGCCGAAGCCCGUCGCUGCUGCGGAGAAGCGACCGGGCAAUCACCAACCUGAUGAGUCCAAGGAGUCCACCAACAAAACCCCAAAGAGCGCGGACGACUCCAUCAAACUUGCCCCAAAUUUGCCCAAGGACAUCAAGCCUAGCGUAACUGUAUCACGCGCGCCCCUUCCUGGUGAUGACGCUCCCGUCGAGAGAGACUCGGAUGCCGAAACAAUUGUGUUACCCGGCAAGGACGGCCACUCGCCUUCCAAGGCCAGAAAGGUAAAACACGAGGAUCGCAGCGAUGGAGAGCCCCCGAUCCCCCGCAAGAUUCGUGAUGCCAGUGCUAGCAGAGAUGGAGACAAGGACAAAACUGCCAACCCUCCUCGUUUGUUGUCCGAGGGAGCAUCUUCGUUGGGAUUGAAGAAGAAACGCCUUCACGACCAGUCCAUACGCAAUAAAGAUGGCUCCAGCGGCCUCAGCUCAGCUCCUGCCUCUCCUCCAAGACGUCGAAUUGGUGCGCAUUCCGACUCCGACUCGGGUGUUGAUCGUAGGAAAUCUCCUAAGCUGCCCAUGAAAGACCGAGCUAAAUCCACCGACCGGACGGUUCCCCACAAACGUAAAGCUCCCAAAGCGGACUCAGACGAUGAGGCGGAAAACCGAAAGGCUCGACGACAACGCAUCUCGGAUAUUGGCAUCGAUUCUCGACCAAACCGUCCCCUCAAGGAACACAAGGUGUCCUCUGUUAGAAGAGAAAACGAGGGCCACUCAGGAUCUCGUACCAGAUCCGUAUCUCCCCACCACCCACGUGCCCACCGACGGAGCAUUUCGACGCAACUUCCUGCAAACUCGUCUAAUGGUCUGAGCCACAAGAAGAAACGAUUGCCGCCCCCGCUCCAGUCGACUGACUACCACUCUGAUGAGUCUUCUGCGAGCGGCAGCCCCCAUCCACGGAGCUCCAAGCUGCGCAACUUGUCGACACCCGCCACUGCCGAGUCAAACAUGUCGCCUGCCAAAAUCGCGCCACAUAAGAAACAUCUCGACGCUCACGGUCAGACGUUCCUGGCGAGGGCUUGCGCCAGAGGCGAGUACGACAUUGCAAAGCAAAGGCUGGGCGAGCGGCCUGAGGAUCUUAACGUCGCCGACUACGCAGGAAACACGCCACUCCAGAUCGCUGCGAUUAAUGGUUACGAGGAUAUCGUUAAGCUUCUUAUCGACGCUGGCUGCAACCUGGAUUGUGUGAAUUACGAUAAGGACACACCAUUGCUGGAUGCCGUCGAUAACGGCCACCUCGGGGUCGUGAAGCUGCUGCUGAACGCAGGAGUAAAUCCGCGAAAGGCUAACGUAAGCGGUGAAGAACCUCUUGAUAGGGUCAGCGACGACUUGGACAACGCAGCAGAGUUCCGCGCUGCACUUAUCGAAGCGAAGUCGAGGCAGGGCGAACGCCGACGCACGUCAGAGGAUCAUCAUUCUGUCGACCACCAAGACGGCCGUUCAUCACACGGGCCUGAUAGCCCGCGACGGUCACCUGCGCCCUCUUCUGCUCAUGCCAGUGGUCGACGGGCCGGAACUGUGAGGGCGACCAAGACGAGCAACUACUUGUUAUACAUGUCCUUGGACGACAAGACACUCCGACAGGCCGCUGCCAGGGGUGACGAGGAGACGGUAACAAGAAUUUUACAAGUCAAGGAUGGCUGCGACGAUUCCGAAGCCAUGGUCGCUGCCGCUCGAGGUGGACAUGAAGUUGUAAUCCAAUUGCUUUUGGCUUUGGGUGGUGCGAACCCAGAUCCUGCCCCAGUUCCCAGUAUACCAUCAGAGUUUGCGACGCCCAUGCUAGCUGCCAUUGGCCAGGAGAACAUAAAAGUCGUUAGGUUGCUCUUAGACCAGGCAAAUUUUGAUCCGACUCGCCGAUUCAAAGGAGAAACAUACUAUGAGAUUGCACGACGCCGACAAGGGACCAAUUGGAAGGACGAAGAGCACAUGCUAAAGGAAGCUUAUGAUGCGUACAGAAAGUCGCAUCGUGAUAUUUCAAAGACGAAAUCUCCGAACAGACGUGAACGCGAGAGAGAACGAGAACGGGAGCGUGACCGAGACCAGGAACGAGAAGUAAAGCGCCAGAGCCGCAACGAACUCAAAGAGGAGGCUCGAGCGCACAAACGCAACCUGUCCAGCCCUUCCCGCGACCCAGAGGCCCGGAAGAAGCCUUCAGCUAAUCGGAACAUCACGAGUCCCAAGGAAAAGCGACGAUCUGAUUCUUUUCACGACGACCAAACAUCACCGAAGCGGGGCCCUGGCAGACCUCGAAAAGAAGACCGCGUUCCGACAAUCGCUGUCUCUGAUCGUGAAGCAUCACCGGCCUUAUCGCAAAAACAGACAGCUAAGGCCGUGAAGCGCGCUGAAUCCGACGUGGCUGCAAUGUCGUCCGAAGGCGAAGCCGUCAAGCCACGCAGGAAGUUGAUAUCUAAGGGUGAACUUCGGGGCGAGAGGGAAAAAAGCCGACGCGCUAGCAUGGUUUCCACCACCUCCUCUCUGAAGGAUCCAUCUAGUCCACGCGACCCCAAACAUGACGACCACCCCGAGAAACCCAAGGGUGAGCCCCUGUCUGAGAAAUAUCACGAUCGCACGAAGGCCCUUAAGAGGGACGAGUCGAGAGAUCGGCUUUCUGUUUCAGGCGAGCACUCCUCAAAGAGGCAUCGUUCCAGCGUCACCCCGCCACAUUCGAGUACCGGUGAAAAGGAGGAUAGUGAGAUUCCUACGAAAAGAAGGCGGCUUGAUGUUGACGGCAAGGAGCGACGGCCAAAGUCAACCGCGUCGCCAGACGAUCCGCACAGGCUAUCACGUGAAGCGCCUCCUCGAUCAAAAUCAAACCUCAGGGAUCAUGACGACAGUGAUCGUAGGCCUCCGAAGAUGAAGGAUACUGAAGGCCACAGAAGGGAAUCCGGGAAGUCAAGCAAUAGUGACAAGUCCAGCAUUCACGUUAAAUCUGAGGACGUUGACAUUGAUAUGCCUGACGCAUCAGACGCGAAGGAUGCCGAGGAAACCGAAGCGCGUGUUAAGAAGGAGCGUGAUGACGAGAAGCGACGUCUUGAGGAGAAGGAAAGACGGAGGGAGGAGAAGCGACAAGAGGAACGGAAGCGUCGCGAGGCCGAGACCGAGGAAAACCGCAAGAAAGAAGAAGAGCGGCGUCUACGCGAAGCCGAAGAGAGGAAGCGGGAAGCCGAGCAGAAGAAACGCGAAGCUGAGCAAAAGGAACGCGAGGCCGAAGAAAAGCGCUUGAAGGAAGAAGAGGAAGCCAAGCAACGCGAGGAGGAACGCAAGCGUAAGGCUGAACUUGAAAGGAAGCGCCAGGAAGAGGAAGAGCGGCAGCGUCGUGAGGCCGAGGAGAAGAAGCGUCGCGAGGAAGAAGAAAAGCGCCUUCGUGAAGAAGAGGAGAAGAAGCGCCGUGAGGAGGAAGAACGCAAGAGGAAGGAAGAGGAGGCUAGAAAGCAACGCGAAGAGGAAGAAAGGCUCCGCAAGGAACAACUUGAGCGUGAAGCUGCUGAAGAGGCCCGCCGGCUUCGAGAAGAAGAGGAACGGAAAGAACGUGAGCGCAAGGAACGCCUGCAACGAGAGGAGAUGGAACGCAAACGCGCUGCGAAGGAGGCUGAACUGCGUAGAAUCCAGCAGGAACAAGAGCGUUUACGAUUGGCAAAGCUUCCACCCCUUCUGCGUUGGUUGGAUGGCUGUCCGAACCCCAAGACUUCCGAAUUGGCCGCCAAAUUCAAGCACAUGCAAGGCGUCCGAUAUGACACCAUACGCCCACAGGCCACCGGCACGCCUGAUGGCAGAGAGCAGUGGAUUCUCAACACUCAUGCCGCUUUGCUCCUUGGAGAGAAGGACCUCACACUGUCAAGGUGUACGUAG